AUGGUCCAAUCCACACAGAGGGCAGACGAAACUCCAGACUCAAGCCAGCCCAACAGCCCCCUAGAAUCAAGGGAUCCCAAAUCGAGUAUCAAACCUCUGAGCCAUGAACAAGGAAUCUUUUCUCGUCGGAGGCUCUUCUUCGUCUUUGGUGGCCUUCUGGGCGCUUUUCUUGGUUGGUUAUUCACCGAGGGUUCACCAAGUUUUCCAGAAGGGACCUUCCUAUCGGAUUUCGAUCAAACGUUUACAAAUGUCAAGGAAGCCAUGCUCAGUGACUCGUCGAUCAUCUCCAGCAUACUUCCCCAACUGAAUAUCUCGGACGUGUUCGCAUCGGCAACAACAAAGUCAUGGCUCAAAAAUCGAGAUUUUACUGUCGGACGACAGGCAUUGGCUAACGGGCAGCACAAGAAACACGCGGUCCUAUUGAUACCUGGUAUUAUAUCUAGUGGUUUGGAAAGUUGGGGAACUUCGGAAGAGCAUGCGCCAUUCUUUCGGAGUCGGAUCUGGGGCACCGCCGCCAUGAUCAAAGCUGUGAUGACCAGGAAAGAGGCUUGGUUGAGGGCAAUCAGUCUUGACUUGGAAACUGGAUUAGAUGUCGAAGGCGUGAAAGUCAGGGCGGCACAAGGCUUCGACGCGGCGGCUUACUUUGUGCAAGGAUAUUGGCUGUGGCAAAAGAUAAUCGAAAACUUAGCGGUCCUGGAUUACGACCCACUCGAUAUGGCACUGUUGUCGUACGAUUGGCGCUUGGCGCCGCUUAACCUUGAAGUCCGCGAUCAAUACUUCUCCCGGAUGAAGGUGAUGAUCGAGCAUUCUAAACUGAUUGGAGGCAAGAAAACCGUUUUGGUCAGUCACAGUAUGGGCGGAAACAUCGUGCUCUUCUUUCUCAAGUGGGUUGAAGCCGAAGGUCCAUUAUUUGGAAACGGCGGACCAAACUGGGUAGAUGAACAUAUUGAAAGCGUUGUGAAUAUUGCUGGGACUUUGCUAGGUGUUCCGAAAACCUUGGCUGCUUUACUGAGCGGCGAAAUGAGAGACACGGUGGAGUUGAACCCGGCCGGAGUAUACAUUCUAGAAAAGCUGUUUAGCCGCCGGGAGCGCGCGGCAAUGUUUCGGUCUUGGGCUGGAUCGGCGGCUCUAUGGCCCAAAGGCGGAGACGUCAUCUGGGGAGACUCCUACAGUGCACCCGACGAUCCUGUGAACGCCACCCUGACGGCUGGAAAUGUAUACAACCUGCGACACAGCGAAGAAAAAUCUAAUUUGACGAUGUCGGGUGCUUAUCAAUUCUUACUCCGACAAACUCCGCCUAGCUUUCAGAAGAUGUUGGAAAGUAACUUUAGCUUUGGGAUCGAGAUGGAUCCGGAACGGUUGAGAGCAAAUAAUCAGGACUUUCGUAAAUGGACUAAUCCUCUCGAAGUUCAACUCCCGAGAUCUAAAAACCUCAAAAUCUUCUGCUUGUAUGGGGUUGGAAAACCGACUGAGACACCUGCGACGCCGAUGAGCUUCCCGCUCUCGCGACAAUGGAUGGUCGACAACGAAGUCAACCUUGACCAUGAAAAUCCCAAAGUCAAGAGCGGAGUUACGUUUAGUGACGGGGACGGUACGGUGUCCGUGUUGAGCUUGGGGGCGAUGUGUGUGGAUGGCUGGAAGAAAAAAAUCUAUAAUCCUUCAGAGAUUCCUGUCCUCACUCAUGAAAUCGAACAUCGACCAGCAAGUUUUGAUAUUAGAGGUGGAUCUACUACCGCGGAUCACAUAGAUAUUUUAGGGUCAGCAGAAUUGAAUGAAGCGAUCGUCAAUAUCGUCUCAGGUCGAGAAGAUUUGGUCAAGGAACAAAUCAUCUCAGAUAUUCAUAAGUAUGUGGAACGAAUUAAAUGGCCUGACCAAAAGUAG